UUCAUCCUUUCGAGAACACCAUGCCUGUAUUGACGCCCGGAGAGCCGAAAGAGGUGCCCAGCAAACCGCAGCCCAUCGGCAACAUACCUCUCAUAUUCCUCUUCACGCUCGCUGGGCUCUGCAUAUGCUUCCUCUUGUGGAGAAGGGCAGACGCUCUGCGAAAAGUUGUAUCCCAUCAAUUGAAGACGUUGACUGGGCGACCAGAUGGACAGAUACGUCUGAGCGACGAUGAUGGACCGACAGUAGAAGAGUUCAUCGUAGAUGAUGAGGAUGAGGAAGACAAUACGGAGCUCACGACGGCACAAGACUUGCUAGAAGAGCGAGCGCGGUCCAUGACGCCCUCCCCCGCCAAGCCGCCGAUCACCACCCUCCCCGACGGUCAACAUGACGGCGCAGAACCUCGAUCAUCUAGUGAAGGGGUGUGGUCGAAGUAGUACAUCUCGCGGAGCCGUGGAAUAUCUAGAGUACAGUCUCGUAACCUACCUAUGCGUACCAUCGCACUGUAUGAUUAUUGUCAAUGCUUGUCCCUUGGACCCAAGGCCUUCCUCGACCCCCUCCCUCCUCCCUUACCGCCCUGCCGUGCGUGCAAAUUACCCCCGCCUCACGGCGGCUCACCUAU